AUGGUGAGUCCAGGCGGAACCCCUUGCAGCUGCAAGCGGCCUGCUGGUCCCCGGCCGGGAUGGCUGGCCUUCGCCAACGCCCGCUACACGCCGGUCAGUGGCCCCGUCAUCAGCGCCGUCACUAUUAGCCGGCCCUCGCCAUCGUCACCUCGUGGGUGCAUCUCAGUCCACGUGGGGCAGGCUGGAGUGCAGACCGGCAAUGCCUGCUGGGAGCUCUGCUGCUUGGAACAUGGGAUCCAACCAGAUGGGCAGAUGCCCAGCGACAAGACAAUCAGGGGAGGGGAUGACUCCUUCAACACCUUCUUUAGUGAAACUGGGGCUGGCAAACACGUGCCCCGGGUGGUGUUUGUGGAUCUGGAGCCCACUGUGAUUGAUGAGGUUCGGACGGGCACGUAUCGCCAACUCUUCUGUCCAGAGCAGCUCAUCACCGGCAAGGAAGAUGCUGCCAAUAACUAUGCCCGUGGCCACUACACCAUCGGAAAGGAGCUCAUCGACCCGGUGCUGGACCGGAUUCGGAAGCUGGCUGACCAGUGCACAGGACUUCAGGGCUUCCUGGUGUUCCACAGCUUUGGAGGGGGCACUGGCUCUGGCUUCACCUCACUCCUGAUGGAGCGGCUCUCUGUUGACUAUGGCAAGAAAUCCAAGCUGGAGUUCUCCAUCUACCCAGCCCCGCAGGUGUCCACAGCCGUGGUGGAGCCCUAUAACUCCAUCCUGACCACCCACACCACCCUGGAGCACUCAGACUGUGCCUUCAUGGUGGACAACGAAGCCAUCUACGACAUCUGCCGCCGCAACCUAGACAUCGAGCGCCCGACUUACACCAACCUCAACCGCCUCAUCAGCCAAAUCGUCUCCUCCAUCACGGCCUCCCUGCGCUUCGACGGCGCCCUCAACGUGGACCUGACGGAGUUCCAGACCAACCUGGUGCCCUACCCUCGCAUCCACUUCCCCCUGGCCACCUAUGCGCCAGUCAUCUCUGCAGAGAAAGCCUACCACGAGCAGCUGUCGGUGGCAGAGAUCACCAAUGCCUGCUUCGAGCCUGCCAACCAGAUGGUGAAGUGUGAUCCCCGUCACGGCAAGUACAUGGCCUGCUGCCUGCUGUACCGUGGAGACGUGGUGCCCAAGGAUGUCAACGCCGCCAUCGCUGCCAUCAAGACCAAGCGCAGUAUUCAGUUCGUGGACUGGUGCCCCACGGGCUUCAAGGUUGGCAUCAACUACCAGCCCCCCACUGUGGUGCCCGGGGGUGAUCUGGCCAAGGUGCAGCGUACCGUGUGCAUGCUGAGCAACACGACCGCCAUCGCUGAGGCCUGGGCCCGCCUGGACCACAAGUUCGACCUGAUGUAUGCCAAGAGGGCGUUUGUGCACUGGUAUGUGGGCGAGGGCAUGGAGGAGGGUGAGUUCUCCGAGGCCCGGGAGGAUAUGGCUGCCCUGGAGAAGGAUUACGAGGAGGUGGGCAUGGAUAGUGUGGAGGGGGAGGGAGAAGAGGAGGAGGGGGAUGAAUACUGGGGGAAUCCUUCACGUCUGUCCUGA